AUGUCUCCUGCGGAGAAGGCGAAGAGGAGGGCGAAGAUGUGGAGGACGGCGGCGGCGGCGGCCGCCGUGCUGCUCCUCGUCGCGGUAGGCGCCGCGCCUACUGCCUCAGGCGUGGCGGCCGGCGUGGGCCGCGCGGCGGCGGCGGCGGCGGCGAAGCCGAGGAGGAUCUUGGUGGACACGGACAUGGACACCGACGACCUCUUCGCGCUGCUAUACAUCCUCAAGCAGAACCGCUCCGAGUUCGACGUCAAGGCCAUCACCAUCAACGCCAACGAGUGGAGCGACGCCGGGCACGCCGUCAACCACCUCUACGACAUGCUCCACAUGAUGGGCCGCGACGACAUCCCCGUCGGCGUCGGCGGCGACGGCGGCGUGUCCGGCGCCGGCGCCGUCCGCCCCGACGUCGGCGGGUACCUCCCACUCAUCGACCAGGGCACUUCGACGGCCGGCGGCUGCCGGUACCGGCAGGCGAUCCCUCCUGGGAGCCGGCUGGACGUCGACACGAACUCCGGCGUGAGGAGGGGGUUCCUGCCGCAGGGGCGGCGGCGGUACAGGCCGCUGGUGCAGCCGACGGCGCAGCAGGUGAUGGCCGACACGGUGUCGGGGGGCGCCACCACCGUGUUCCUCUUCGGGGCGCACACGAACCUGGCGCUCCUGCUCAUGGCGCACCCGCGCCUGAGGCGGAACAUCGAGCGCAUCUACGUCUCCGGCGGCGCCGUCAGGACGGCGGACCCCGCCGGCAACCUGUUCACCGCCUUCGCCACCAACCCGUUCGCGGAGUUCAACAUCUUUGGAGACCCCUUCGCUGCUUACCAGGUGAUCCAUUCCGGGAUUCCCAUCACGAUGAUCCCUCUUGACGCGACCAACACAAUUCCGGUCACCGAAGGAUUCGUUUCUGAAUUCCAGCAGCGUCGGCGAACAUACGAGGCACAGUACUGCUUCCAGUCUCUUGAUAAGGUCUUCACGAGGCUGAGGGGAACAUCCAACAACACGAGCUACUACAUGUGGGAUUCCUUCGCUGCCGGCGUUGCUCUCUCCAGCAUGCGAAAUGGAGAGAUUGAUGGUGGAAAUGAAUUUUCUGAGCUUGAAUAUAUGAACAUUACAGUGAUAACUUCGAACAAACCGUACGGUAAACGUGACGGCUCGAACUCGUUUUUCGACGGCCGUGCUACUCCCAAAUUUGGCCUGAAAGAGGGUGGAGUUCACAGUGGUCAUGUUCAGACUGGAAUAAGAGAUAGCUUCUGCCUGGUUCCGGGAAGCAACAGAGGGAGAUGCGAGGAUGGAUACACUAGAGAAGUGUCUGGUCCAGAAGGAGUCCGGGUUCGUGUUGCCACAAGAGCAAAACCUAACAUGGAUAACAAUAGUUCACUAGAAAAGGAAUUUUACAAGAGCUUCUUAGAGGUCUUAAAUCGGCCUGAACAAACUGGUCUUUUCAAUAUCAGCACGCAGUUCCCGUAUUAUAGAGAAGUUCUUUACAAGCCGGUUUUCAGGAAUGUGAGCAGGGGGAAGCCUGUCAUUUUUGACAUGGACAUGAGCCCUGGAGAUUUUGUUUCCCUAAUAUACCUCUUGAAGACGCCUAUAGAAGUAAUAGAUCUAAAGGCAGUUUUGGUCAAUGGCAAUGGCUGGGCAAAUAUUGCGAGCAUCGAUAUCGUCUAUGACAUUGUACACAUGAUGGGCCGCGACGACAUUCCAGUUGGCCUAGGCAAUACCACUGCAUUGGGCAUGCCAACCCUUGGCUGCAACAAUUCUUAUGCUAUCCCCCAUGGCAGUGGCGGUUUUAUUGAUUCAGACACAUUGUAUGGACUAGCCCGGUCACUGCCAAGAAGUCCUAGAAGAUAUGCUCCUGGAACUUUAGAUCAUCCAGAAGUUCGGCAGCCUUUGGCUCUUGAAGUUUGGCAAUCUGUCAGGAAGCAGCUUGAUCCAGGUGAACAGAUCACUGUUCUUACUAAUGGACCUCUCACCAAUAUAGCCAACAUUUCACUCUCUGAUAGGUAUGCAAGUUCUGUGAUAGAGAGAAUCUAUGUUGUUGGUGGAGUCAUCAAAGAUAGAGGUGAUGACAACGGAAAUGUGUUCACAGUUCCAUCAAACAAGCAUGCAGAGUUCAACAUGUUUCUUGAUCCACUAGCUGCAAAAACAGUCCUAGAAUCCGAUCUGGAAAUCACGCUCAUUCCUCUUACGGCGCAACGAAAAGCUGCAUCAUUUCAGGCUGUGCUUGAGGCUUUGCAAGACACCCAGCAUACUCCUGAAUCAAAAUUUGUCCACGAGUUGCUGUCAUUGCUGCAAGAACUUCAGAGGAAACAGAAGCUGUAUCAUCACUUGGAUAUAUUUUUGGGAGAAAUUCUUGGAGCAGUUUACAUGGUUGAAGGAUCAGGGUUGAAACCUUCAGUGGAACUCAAGCCAGUAAGUGUUGUUGCCAACACAAACAAAAGCACAGAUGGGCAGAUUGUCGUCAGCAAGAGUAGUACAAAACCAGUGAGAGUAUUGAGCGAUUUCGACGGUGAAAUAUAUAGCAAAAAAUUGACGAAUUCUUUAGCAAACAAGAGACAGUCUGCCGUUAUUGGGAGUUUUGAAGAACAAAAGGUAAUUUGGAGCAGGCCGCCAAAUAAUUCAGGGAAUGGAAGAAACAAAGGUAACCUUUUGUAGUAGCAAUAGUGUGCUAAAAAAGAGAUCAAAGAUAGAUAGCACAGGCCAUAACGAAAGCUGACAUCAUAAUGCUUGCAUUGGAUGAAGAAUCGCUCCAUGGCGCAAAGUAACCUGAAGAAUUGGUCAUUUUUCUGUUUCUUUUGAUUGCUUAAAAAAAAGAUAAAUAUGUUUCUUUCUGAAUUUUGUGUCGUAGUUGAGGAUAAUGUGGCUAGCUAAUCUGGCACACGUUUUCAGUUUGUUCAGUUGGGUUUCAAGUGUACACCCUCCAAGCAGUAUAAAUAAUUACAAUCUGAAUGAUAGUACCUUUGCGGCAAUUCAAGCCGUCUUUACCAAACGAAUAUUCAAUAGAGCUACACUUGGAUGG